AUGACUUCUCUUGAUAAUGUCAAGUCUGAUGAGUUCUUGAACUCUGUACUACCCCUAUUCUACGGACCAACAGUCGAGAUUCAAAUCACAUCAAGUGGACGACCUUUCAGAGUUUCCAAGGACUUGCUGGCACAGCAUUCAUCAUACUUUGCAUCCAUGUUUAAUGGUAAAUUCUUGGAGCGCCAAACUCAAGUGGCUGUACUGGAGAAGAUUGAGGGGGUCGUCUCUGAAGCAAGUCUUGCGGCGUUACUCCAAUGGAUCUACACCAAGAGAAUCAACUUGACUGUGACCGACUUCAACCCGAUUUCUGAGUCUGCCUCGUUUAUUUCAGCCGCGCUUGAAUUCGCGAGAUUUGCCGACAUGUGUGGCGUGACGGGAAUGGAGUCUGAGAUGGCACAUGCCGUGGAAAGGAGCAUCAAGAAUUAUCGAGUCGAUCAUGCGAUAGGGGUUCGAGACAAGAAGCCUAUUACGUAUGAGCAUAUGACUUCUUCGGAGCACCUUCCUCCGGGACAUCCUAUGCGCAGAGCGCUGGCAAAGGUGUUUGUGGCUGGUUUCAUUUGCUCGGAGAGUUCUACAGCCGCUCACCGCAUGAAAUUCUUUCCAAAUCUAGCCGCUGAUGUUCUUCAAGAGAUGGUGGAAGCACUGCACGUCCGUCAUCACAAAUAUCAUGACAUCAACCGCCCUCGAAAACGGUUUAAAAUCUCAUUUAUUGAUCCCAGCACAGAGAAGGAGAUUGUUCUUUGA